ACUACUCUGCAGUCGUUGAGGCCGGAUGCGGUCGUGUCUCCACCGACAACCCUGCCGUCAGUCGAUUGGUUGGCUCGGUCGUCUUCCUCUUCCCAGGUCACUCUGACACCUACAGCCAACGGUCGGUGGGUACGUCAGACCACAACCGUUAGUUCCUUUGCUGUUCCCUCACCAAGCGAAGUAUCGCAUGCUGUGGGCUCAGCCCCACUGUACAGUGAGGAAGAGCUAACAGAGGGCGGUCAGGAACGGGGGGAGACAUCCGCCUUUUCAGCAGCCAGGCGAAGAAGUACUGGCGAGGAGAGUGGCUCGGUAGCCGGUCUAGAGACAGGUCUGUCUCCUGACCCAGACGCAGCCGAGGGGGCUAGUAGUGAGGCGGAGACCCUACUUGAUGAUGAGGAGGUUGAUCGCACUUGGCAGCCUCGUCGUCAUCAGGCAAUUUCUUCCGCAUCAUCAGGAGAAGAGGGGUGCAGCUUGGCAGCGAGCAAAACAGUCGGUGGGUUGCCCAGGAGAGGCAGCAGGGUCGCAGCAGUGUCAGUGGAGCCAAACGUCCACGGAGUAGAGCACCAGCUCCACUGCAGCCUACCACCACGGCCAGUAGUGGUGGUGCCGGUGUGCACGGAGGAAGUAGCAGUCAGCCAGUGAGUGGAGUAGCGGGGGCAAAGUUUCCUACUCGGCGGUGGUGUGGCAAUUUUUCGUCAAGCCGCCGAGGAAGUAAACGUAGCCGUAUGUCGACUAUGUGGCACAGAAAGUCAAGCGUGGCCAGGGGGCCCAUGUGUGGGACUACAGCGUUGCGUCAGCAUAUGCAGCGUCGCCAUUUGGUGGCCUGGGAAAACCGUGAUAAGAUACGGCGGUUUUCUGCCUGCCCCCAGCCCCGCUCCAUCACCCGCUCCGUUACUUGCUCCGUCACCCGACGUCGUCAAUCGCCCUCUAUCAGCCAGUCAAGGCUCCAACACCUCUGCUGAGGGGAGUUGUCGCUCGUUGGCAUCUUCCGCUCGUUCAGAUGCUCCUUCUCCUGCUACUCCUCUUCACGGAUUCCGUCAGCAGUCUUUCUUGGAAUCCGUUUCCAAGAGACAACAGUUUGCGAGCACGCACCCGACGGUG